UAAUAAAUUGAAUUAUGCAAGCUACUUACUUACACCUAUUUGCCAUUCUAUUGACUUAUGGCGGCGUGAAUAGCCAAACGGUACUGAGUGGUGAUCCUAGCAGAAUUCCACCUAAUCCCCACAAAAAAGACAAGAAUGAUCCCCAAAUGGCAGGGUCUAUCAGUAUGGGAACACCGGAUUUGAGCGACGAAGACUCCAUGUCUAUCCACAUGCCCAAUUACCUAAAGUGCGAUGCUUGCAGAAUUAUUGCCUUCCGGUUCGCAGAUACCCUCGAGAAAGAAAUUGAUAAAUUUCCAUCAAUCAGAAAAGGCAAAAAAGAAUUGUCUGAAGAUAGAGUUUUAGAUUUAUUAGAAGGCGUUUGUGAUGACAGCUGGGAACAGUACGGCAUUAAAGAAGUGGAAGGAGUAAAUAGAUUAUCCGGACCCGGUUUCGAAACUUCGGACAUUCCGGGAAUCAUGCAAGGAGGCGGGAAAUGGCCAUUUAGAUUCAAACAAAUGUGUCAAAUCUUGGUCGGUGACGUUGGAGAGGAAAUAGUUUACGAAACUUUUAGAAAAAGCAAAGGUAAAGGACUAGAAAAAAGACUUUGCUUUACCCCUAUCGAAGGAAGGCCCGGCUUCUGCGAAAAGAAAUCUGGAAAAGAGAAGAAAUUUAAAAAUGCUGGAAAACCCAAGAAAACUAAAAAUACUGAAACGGAGAAACCAAAUUCACGUCACAAUGAACUCUGAAUAUAUCUUUUCACCGACUUUUCAUUGUUUUCACUGUAAUAAUACAAGAAGCAUUGUGAUAUUGAAUGUAGCAAUUUCCAUACUAGCCUCACAUAACAUAUUGGUUUCAAAGGCAUGUCCAAGAUAUUUAAUGACGUCUCUGUCGAUGACAACAUCGGCUUACUAGGAAAUCAGUAUAUAAACUGUUUUUGCAAAAUAACAACGUAUUUUUUAUGUUCAUAAAGAUGGGGAUACAAGGCAAUUGAGAUGUUUCAUGAUGUAGAAUUAUGAAAACAUUGUUACCGAUAUUUUAGAUUUUGUUGCAAGUGGCGUUACCCUAAACUUUAUACACUACGUGGAAUUUCGUAUGUGAAAAAUCAUUUUUAUGGCAUGGAUUCACACUAAGUCAACUUCAUCUAUUUAUUGUACGUACAUCACAAGAUGUAUACUGUUUGUACUGACUUACACGGCGUGCAUUAGCGAUUCAUAAACAUACUUGAAAUUGCAAAAUUUGGGCCUUCAUCAUAUGGAUAUCAACAUUUCAUGCUUCACAAAAUCAAGAAUUUUGCUUUUUACUCAAAAUUUAAGUGAUUCAAAAAAUCCUAUGAAAUAUCAAUUUCGAACCUUUUUCUUUUAUUA